AUGAAGCAUAACCGGAUUAAGCCACCGGAGCCUGGUGAUCCGUUCUGUUGCUGUGGUGAUGCAGACGCCUGCUGCUUUGACUGUGACCAAGUGGACAAUGCAUUCAGCAGAAUUUUCAAAAGAGACUUUAAAAAUCUUGACUUUCUCUCUCGCUUUGUGUUUAGUGUGUGUGAGCACACUGGGCUGCCGUGUUGUGCUCUGAGACCCAUUCAGGUCGAGUUCUCCGUCCUUCCCCCCAUGCUGCUGAUUCCUGUUCUACUGCGAGUGGCAGCACUGCAUUGGCUGAUGGGAGUUGUAGUUUUGACUUCACUGCCAGGACUGGUGUUGUGGUAUUACUACAUCACCCAUCGUAAGAAGAGACGCACAUUGUUUUUCCUCAGUCUGGCCCUCUUCUCCCUUGCGUACAUGUACUACCUCUUCCUCACUGAGAUCCUUCCAAGGGGGGAUGUGGAUAAUCUGCAGCUUGUAACUGUGACAACUGGCAUGAUUUUGACUCUGGUCUCUCUUGUGCGCACCAAAAUGGGGCCAGGGUUUGUACAGCCACGCCUACCCAACAGUGCCACCAAUAGUGACAGCAGGUUCCAAAACAGGUACUUUGACCAUUGCAUCAAGACCAGCCAGUCUCAGACUGCAGUGGAGCAAGGAGGAGAGAAGUGGAGGUGGUGUCCCGCAUGCCGCUUGGUGCGUCCCCCAAGGGCGGGGCAUUGUCGGAUCUGUGGAGCAUGUGUUCUCAGAAUGGACCAUCACUGUGUCUGGAUAAACAGUUGUGUAGGGCAGGCCAAUCACAAGCACUUCCUGCUGACACUCCUCCUCUUCCUGUUGACAUCUCUGUACGGUAUUAACCUGGUGCUGCACAGUGUGUGUCCACAACAGAGUUCCCUGACUGCCUUGCUCUACUGCCCCGGAGUUUAUAACCAAUACAGUACGGCGUUGUGUUUUACGUGUGUGUGGUACAGUUCUAUAGUAGCUGGUGGGCUGCUCCACCUGCUGCUCCUGCAGCUCAUGAACAUCAGUUAUAACGUGACAGAACGAGAGAUCCAAAUUGCGCUAAGAAAUGGAACCGCACGCCGCUGGUUCUGUGGCCUUGUCAUCGAUACUGGCGUCUACUCACGUGGCUUCUACCAAAACUGGGCCCAGUUCCUCACCAUGGAUACAAUGGAAAACAUCUCUCCUGUCACACUCACACACAUGGUAUAG